UGAACCUCGCAGUGACAAAAAUCACUGUAGAGGGGAGCAGUCGCUUCCGUUCGAAGGUACAAACGGACUCCAAAGAGAAAUGAGCUGCAUAACUAUUUCACAUUGAUUUUACAGUUCUAAAUGCUUUUUGGGUACUAGAACAACGUUCGACUUGAUCCACCAUUGAGUGAAAUGAAAUACGAGCUUUACCAGUUUGAAACGAAGGACUGCAACCGUUAAGUUUUCGCUAACACGACGGGGAUAAUGUUUUCGUAUGCAAGUGUGAUUCCUCUGCUACAAACAAACACAAUUCUAAAGAACGCGGUUUGAAGGAUCUUUCUCCUCCUGAGCUGAUUUUGAAGAUCACUAGGCUGAGUUUAACAAAGGGAACUGGCAGUUCAUUUGGUCCCUGUAUGAUGUCCUCAAAAUGAUGUUUCCUCCAGGGUGUAUCUCUCUCCCUGCUGGAACCAUGCUGCUGCUCUAGGCGGGUGGGGGGUGCCGCCCCAUUCUGCCAUGAAAGGCUACACCCCCCAGCGCACCUGCCACCUCUCUGACUGUGAACCUCCGCACUCACCCAACCACGCGGACCCCCUGUACCCGUCCUCGACCGCCUCCACGCUCUCCCGCGCGCCAUACCUCCUCCCCACAGCCAUGGACUACUACGGAGCCCUGGACCCCCACCAUUUCUCCCCGGCACCCGGCCCGGGCGGCCUGCCCCCCGACUGUCUGAUGCCCCUCAACAACCAGCUGUCCUCCAGUAGCACCUUCCCACGGAUCCACUACAACUCCCACUUCGAGCAGGGCGAUUUCUCGCCCCCUACUGGCGAAAGCAUCGGGGGUCUCGGCACAGGGACGCUGGGGCCCUCUAUGCACGUGGGUGUGGGGAUGAGCAUGGGACUCGGACCAGGACGCACCACUAUGAUCACGAGUGGAUCCGCUACAAUAUCAAGCGCAGCAAAGAUGCACCGAGUGCCCUCUAACCUCCUGGACCGCUUUGACAAACAGCUGCCAGCUCAGCGAGAUGGCUUCAGCACGCUGCAGCUCCACCGCGGGUCGGCCGUGGCCGGCGCCAAGCAGCAGCAGCAGCAGCGCACCGACAGCCCUGGCAAGAUCCGCUACCUGGUGCACUCGGUGCAGAAGCUCUUCGCCAAGUCACACUCGCUGGAGAGCUCCGCCAUCAAGGGCACCAUCAACGGGCGGCAGGGUGUCGGCGCCAACGACAAACAGCAUCGCCGCAGCAAGAGCAAAGACCGGGUCAAAACCGAGAGCACAGCGAAGAGGCGACCACGCUCCAACAUGUCCGGCUACUGGAGCUCCGACGACCUGGACAGCGACAUCACCAGCUACAGGAACUCGGCAGGCAUGAUGACCCUGGGGAGGUCGGGUGCUGGCGGGAGCCAUGGGCUGGACAGCCAGACGACUUCCAAGUACCUCAUGCAGGGCUACAACACCAUCAGCGAGCACACGCUGAAGGUCUCCAAAAGCAGUAAUGAUCUGAAGCACCAAGGGCUCGUCGCGCUGUCCACUCCGCGAGGAGGCGGGGCCAGAGCGGCCAUGGGGGAGGGGGCUUUCGGGAAGGGCGGGCCCUGGACCACGCUGACGCUGGGAGCCAGCAGGCAGGCGGGACAGAAGGGAUCAGCCACGCUCGACCGCUCUAUGCUCAAGUCCAAGUCGUGCCAUCAGGAACUGGCCUGCCACUACCUACAGAUGCCGUCGGCGGGCGAAUGGAGCGGGACGCUGGGCCGUGGCGAGAUCCCAUGCAGGCGCAUGCGCAGCGGCAGCUACGUGAGGGCCAUGGGCGACCUGGAGGACAGCGACGACUCGGACAGCAGCCCCAAGCCCUCGCCCAAAAGCACUGCUCGCAGACAGAGCUACCUGAGCGCCACACAGCAGUCACUCAGUGACCAGUUCCCUUCCAGAAACCGUCCGCUGGACUACGCGAUGCUACAGGGGGACCUGGAGGCCCUCUGGUCCCCCCUCCACAGUAUUGCCACCCUGCAGCAGAUCGGACGUUCCGUAAGUUGUCUUCCAUCUCUGAGAGAGUUCUCUAUCAAUCGCAGUCUGGAUAAUUUGGACUGUAUUGGAGGUUCGGGAUCGUCCUCGUUCCCUCGUUGGGAUGAUGACGACUUCAGUCAGGGCUGCAGUACACUCGGGCAAAGCAGCUGCAUCAGCCAGGUGCGGGAUUCAGAGAUGAGUCAACGCUAUGGAGAAGAAUCCUGUUCGGAAUCCAUGUUUGGAGACACACUCCCGCACGCAUCCUUAAACUCCCGGCUCGAGGAGCCUCCAGAUAUGGCGAUGCCCACAUGCUUCCGUUCCCGUAGCCAUAGUUACCUCCGUGCCAUUCAAGCAGGCUGCUCCCAAGACGAUGACACGGCAUCGCUGGAUUCUGACUCUCCGCCCCCCACCGUGACCACCGUGCGCACGUAUAGCACCAGUACUGUCUCAGCGUGCAUAACCACGUGUAAGAAGAUCGGCCCACCCCCGGUGCCUCCCCGCUGUGCCACCAAGCCCUUCAUCUCCGUCACCGUGCAGAGUAGCACCGAGUCCGGCCAGGACGGUUACCUCGACAACCACGACCGUAAGAGCGAGGCCAACAGCCAGUCGGGCCACAGCAACUCCUCGGACAGCCUGGACAGCGCCCGGGCCAGCAGCCUGGUCAAAGGGCCCCGGCCGCAGCUGCCUGUGGUCGCCCCCCGUGAGCCUCAGAUCCCGGCUGCCGUGGUGGUCUCGCCCGAGCCACCGCGCCAGAUCCAGGGUGGGCCGCGCAAGGGAGUCCCCGCCACAGCUGACGAGCCAGCCACGGAGCACGUGCCCCGCCGGAAGCUCUCCUCCAUCGGGAUCCAGGUGGACAGCAUCCAGGAAAUCCAGACACGAGUGGAGACGCCGCCGCUGGCCAAAUUCCAGUCAAUCGGAGUCCAGGUGGAGGACGGCUGGACACUCAGCCGCUCCAGUAGUAUGGCCUCUAAGCAAGAAACGGACUCAGACACACAAGACCUCUCUCUUGGCUCUGUUACCGCCGUCACACCCAACGCCACUUCCAGACCCGCCCAGAAGAAAGUCAUGGUCAACAGUGCCAGCCAGGCAGCGGACUUGGCCACACAGCUCUCCCUUGACAACGGCAGCCAUGAUGACGAGGUUGUGACUACCAGCGGCCCCUCCCGCCAGCUUCUGACAAACCGUUCAACAACAAGGAGCAGCUCGUCCUCUUUCUCUGAGAGUUUAGACCCCGCUCUCGACCCCUCCUCGCUGCCCCCACCCGACCCCUGGUUGGAGAGCGGGAACGGGACGGGGAACGGAGGCCCAACGCAGACGUCAUCAGGCGGGAUGCCUGCAUGCCGACGGGAUGGCCAUUGGUUCCUAAAGCUUCUGCAGGCGGAAACUGGACGGAUGGAGGGAUGGUGCAAACAGAUGGAGGAGGAGACCAAAGAGCACCAGUUGUCAGAGGAAGUGCUGGGUAAGGUACGAAGUGCUGUGGGCAGUGCUCAGCUCCUUAUGUCUCAGAAGUUUCAACAGUUCAUAGGGUUAUGUGAACAAAACUUGAAUGUCAACGCUAACCCCAGACCCACGGCUCAGGAUUUGGCAGGAUUUUGGGAUCUCCUGCAGCUCUCAAUAGAAGACAUCAGUCUCAAGUUUGAUGAGCUCUACCAUCUCAAAGCCAGUGACUGGAAACUGGACCGAGAUUCACCUGACAAGCAGGAGAACCAGAAGCAGGCUCCUCCGGUGCCCAAGAAGCCAGGAAAGAGCAAGCCGACCCUCAGCCGGGACAAGAGCGGGGAGGCGGCCGACAAACAGAGGCAGGAGGCACGCAAGAGGCUGAUGGCAGCCAAGAGGGCGCAGUCGGUCAAACAGAACUCGACGACGGAGAGCACUGACAGCAUCGAGAUCUACGUCCCCGAGGCACAGACGCGCCUCUGAGAGAGGAGAGGAGGCGGUGAUGACAGGAGCAGGGGAUGGUGGAGAGGAGGGGGGGGGGGGUGAGGAGACCAGUGACGAGGCUUCACACAGAUUUGCUCCAGUAUAAAACGCUGCUUUGUUUGUUUUUUAUUUUUGUUUGUUUUUGUUUCGUGGCAACAUAGAAUUGAGAAAAGGAGAUAAGGACAGUGGAAGUUGCGGACACAACACAUGAAGAGCUUCUCUUUUCCUUUUCAGAGACUGCCAAGGAAAACCUCAAAUAGACUUUGUUAGUAAUAUUAUUAUUAUUAUUAUUAUUGAUCAUGAUAUGACCUAAAUCCCAUAUCAGACUGUUAAAUGUUGUAAUAUCUUGGAUAAGAGUUCUACCGUGUGGCAUAAAGCAGCCACACCUUUUCUGCCUCCCACUGCCUUGCCCAGUUUAAAAGACCUCUGUAGUUGGCAAAGAACACCCAUGCCUACACACGUUCACUCAGACUCCCUCCCUGCCGGCCCCCUCUGAAAUAUUUGUCUUCCUCUUUGCUCAUUUGGUCCAUUAGUUUCAGUCUGCUGUCUUGAAUAACUGAAUCCCUUCACCAUGACGAGAUCAUGGCGAGCGAUGAGGUCGUGAGUGACGCAGUUUCUCAGCCCUGACGAUCUAUUCAUCCAGCUGCUCCCCUCUCCUUUGGUGGAUAUGCUUGGCCACCUCUUCCCAGCUGUGUUCCUGACUGUUUUCCCUGCGUUCUGCUUUACCAGAGCGGUGUGUGGGGUUUGCCAUUACAUGAAGAACUGAAAAAUAAACGUCCUUAAUUUGGCUGUGGAGAAACGCACAAAGCUUCUUUCCGGUUUCGCUGGCAUGACGCACCAUGUGACCAACAGUGAGCCAUGUGUGUAACGGGAAAAAAAAACCAAACAUUUGUUGCGCCUUAAAAUCAUGAUGGAGGGGAUGGUCAUUUCCAUGUUCUUGGGCAUAUUUACGUGCCAGUUUAAUGUAGGUGGGAAUGAGUUAUUGUAUGCUACCACACAAAGUCUGUAACCCUCUGUAACCUUACUCUGCCAAGUGGAGAACGCAGCUCACCCUUUACUGCUCACCCCUGCUGUGCACUGACCACACAUUAAAACCACGGUCAGUCCUGGCACCAUGUCAAGAGACAAUGCCAAGUGUCUUAAAGUUAUUUGCCACAGGAGAAUUUCUUUUUCUGUAAGGAAAUCUUCAUUACAAAAUACCAGUGAAAAUCUUUCAGACUUAUUUAAAAUUCUGGCUCUGCCUAUAUUUGUUUUUUUGUUUGUUUGUUUUUGUUUUCUUCAGACAUUUCCCUAUCCAUUUUCUCAUUAUAAUUAAGUUUUAGCAGCUCUACAGCAGCAGUAAAAAUAUAGUGUAAAAAACCCUUCAAGGUAAAAGGAGAAAUAGUAUACCUCUGUGGUCAUUUUGGGCACUACAGUCAGUAGGUGUUGCACUGUAAGCUCAUUGUCAGUGAGCUGUUAUAUAGAUAAGGUGAAGGCAUUUUUAUUUUAGAGUCUAAUUUGUUUUCUUUUCAUUGUGCACUUUCAUUACUCCUCAUGAAAAAAGCAUUAAACUGAUGCUUUAGAGACUUUUCUGAACUGUUGGCUGCCAUUUCAGACUGUUGACAGAGACUUUAAAAUGUAUGUCCCUGGCAAUAAUGGUGAAUUAAGCUUUUAUUAGGCUUUCAAGAAAUUUGUGGAGAAACUUCAUAAAAAUUGUGUGCUUUAAUCACGAGCCCAAAGUCACUUGAAACUCACCCUGUUUGGCAUUUGGAUCAAGUUAUAGCAUCAGACAAAAUUCUUCGCUACUAGGUGUAGCCGUAUACAUGCUACUUCCAUGAGUGUUAUGGAGCAGUUCAAAGAUCUUAAUGUAACCAUGGUUGCUUUGGUAAUGGUUGUGAAUUUUAGGUUCCGUCUUGAGUAUGCCUCUUCACUUAGUAGUUUAAACUCCAACUCUGUUGGACCCAACAGAAAACAUUGUGUUUCCUUAGGGGUGAUUGGGGUUAAUUUGGCUGAUGGGCAGCAGGAAGGACAUAACACCUUCGUAAAUAAAAUGGCUUCAGGCUUGUCAACACGCAGUGUGAUUGUCCUCUGCACAUGUUGUUCCAAACAGUUGCUGACAACUGGAGGGCUUUCGGACCUUUGCGGGAUGAAGCCGUCUCGAGCUUUAGAGUCACAAAUUUCCAAGGCCACUCUGAAUUCAGUCCCAUUAAACAUUCCCUCAUCAGAUGCCCCUUAUCUCUAUUUAAAAAGCACAUAUGCAUUUUCGACUAAGAAAGAACCAGCCAUCACCCCUACCUGCUUUCUUUAAGCACGCACACAAAUGCCCCGUAUAGUAAGUGAUCAACUCAGUGUGUCCUUUUGUCUGUGGUGUUGUGUGUUAGAGCCAGUGAUGGCUCCCAUGGCUGUUUUGUGAUAAUGGUGUGAAUGGGAUCUCUCCUCUCCCCUGCUUCUCCCCAUUUGGCGCGGGGGUGGGUCGUUGACGCCUUUGGCUUUGUGUGCUGAUGGCCUGCUGCCUCUCCCUGCUCAGGGUUUAAAGGCAUGUCUGACGCGGCUCCGCAGACCUGUCGCUAUUCAGUCCCACUUCUAACCCAGGUGAGACUGGCUUUCAGAGCAGACAGGACGCUAUGUAUAUUCUGUGUCUGAAGCCUGCACAACAGAACAGUAUUUGGCCAGAAAUGGGAGCAACUUGUCAAGUGUUGAAGACUCACCAAAAGCAAUUUUCAUAGAUUUUCUAGGACAAUGUGUCUUAUCAAAUGAUUACUGUCCAAGCUGUUUAAAUUCUCACAAUGGCUCUUGGAGACUAUUCUAGGUUAGAAUAAUGCAGGUUGUUCUUUGCCUGAUAAAUAAAGUGUAAAGAAUGAGCCAGCAACAGCGCAAAGGCUUGUCAGUGAGGUAAAGCAGAUCAGCCGUGUCUGAGCGUGUAACUGCAUCUGUAAUUCUUUUAUAAGAGCCAAGGUACAGAGAGGUGGGAGAAAUGAUGAGAGUAAUAGAUUUUUGGGGUGUUUUUUUUAGGGUUUGUCCUCUAUUAAAAAUGGCAAAGUAACAAGGGAAUCUCAACACAAUAUUUAAUUAACAAUAUAUAAAAAUAAUUUGUGCCAGUUAUACUCUGAGAGAGAGAAGAGGAAGAGUGAAAAUUUCAGAAAUGGUUCAGAUUUCCUUAACUGUAGAUUUCCUUGUAGGUUUCCUUCCAAAUGACUUUGUACUAAACAUUGUUCAGGUCAGAGGGGUGACACGCACAUUUCCAUAACUGCACUUAUAACAAAUUUGUUCUUAAGAACUACUUUGCUUUAACUUCUUUCACUCAUGAUUUAUUUAUUUGUUUGUGUUUUUCUCUUUUUUUUCCAAAUUCUUUCUGUCAAAUAGUUCUUGUAUCUUGCAAUCACCUGUAUCCUUUUUUUAUGUACUGGGAUCUGACUUUGCUCUGCCAACCUGAGUUCAUGAUUGUAUUAUUAUUAUGAUUGUGGGCUUCCCUUAGGAUCACUGGACCAGUACACUCCAUGUCUUAUGACACAGAUUGUGUUUGAAAGCUUUGGAAAACAGUUGGGAAUCUGUCUCUCUGUUGUGGGGUUUUGUUUUGUUUUUGUUUUUUUUUGGGGGGGGGGGGGUUGUAUAUCAGAAAAGCCCCACAUGGAGUUGUAGGACGUGAAAUAUUUUGGAAAAGCUUUUCAUUUGAGAUGCGGAGUUUCUGAUUUGUUUGCGCUGCUUGGAUUCUAAAGGAAAAACUUUUUAUAUACCUCUUAUCUGACUGACCCACAGCACAAUGCAAAUAGCAUUAGGCUGCAACUGAGGGACCUCCCCACCCCCACUGAUGGGUUAAGGGAAGCCCAGAUAGGUGACCCUGCUCUGGAAGGGAAGUCUGCACUCCUCACUGGUCUUCAUCAGCCUAACAUGCAAAAAUGAGCUUUUCUUGCUCUCAGCAUCCUGUCUUUUUCUGGCCAUGUUUUGCUUUGGGUAGGAUGGGGACCACAAUGAAAUCAAUACUCUUAUUGCAAGAGUC